AUGGAGGGGUUGAAGAAAAGAGUGUGGAAAUCGUCUUCCUCGUCGUCGUCAAGUACGAGGUUGUUGUGGAUUACGGCGCCGUUACUGAUUCUGGUCGGUUUGGUGGUGGCUUUGGGGAGUUCCAACGCUUCUUCUAGUUGGGUUUUUGCUGACAGCUAUUAUCCGUGGAGUUGGGGUCCUUUUCUUGCUCGUAAUCAAAUUCCCGGUUCUCAUUCGCCGGCGCCGGCGCCGGCGAAUGAUAGUUCUACCCAGCCGCCGUCAACUUUUCCGUCGGUGGUAACGGCUGAAAACGGUGGCGGUGGAAAGAUAUUAGCUUAUAAUUCUAGUAUCAACAGCUCUGCUUCACCACUCCACUUUGAAUCUCAAGAAAUAAAACAGCCUGAUAUACAAAAGGAAGAAGAGUUGAAUAUCUCAUCGAGUAUUCCCAGCAUAAUUUCAUCUUCCAACGAAACCCAAACUCCUCUACAAGUAACAAUCAAAAGGAAGUUCAGGAAUCUGGAAAGGCUGGAAGCUAAUCUGGGAAAAGCUAGGGCUACAAUAAGAGCAGCUGUGCAUGGAAUAAACCAAACAGACGACCCUGACUAUGUUCCCACUGGCCCGGUCUACUGGAAUGCCAAUGUUUUCCACAGGAGUUACUUGGAAAUGGAGAAGCAGUUCAAGAUAUUUGUGUAUGAAGAGGGAGAACCCCCAGUUUUUCACAACGGGCCUUGCAAAAGCAUUUAUGCAAGUGAAGGCAACUUCAUUUACCAUAUGGAGACUUCGCCAUUUCGCACGAGAGAUCCAGAGAUGGCCCACGUAUUCUUCCUUCCAAUCAGUAUAACAGCAAUAGUGCACUUUGUUUAUGACAGAAGUGUGCACAGCAAAGAACAUUGGCUUCCGAUGAAACAGACAGUCAGCGAUUACAUUAAUCUUGUUGCUGGAAAGUAUCCUUACUGGAAUCGAAGCCUGGGAGCUGAUCAUUUCAUGCUUGCAUGCCAUGAUUGGGGGCCUGAGAUUUCUAAGGCUGUUCCUGAGCUAUUCAAGAACUCAAUCCGAGCAUUGUGCAAUGCGAAUACCUCAGAAGGGUUUAAGCCCUCUAAGGAUGUCUCGAUCCCAGAGAUCCUUCUUCCUGGAGGUACAACCCACGGCCUGAUCGGCGGCCCCUCGCCAUCACGGCGGUCAAUCCUGGCUUUCUUUGCCGGAGGGCUUCACGGUCCCAUAAGGCCAAUCCUCCUAGAGCAUUGGGAGAACAAAGACAACGACAUUCAAGUUCAUAGGUACCUUCCCAAGGGCAUUUCGUACUAUGACAUGCUGAGAAAGACCAAGUUCUGCAUAUGUCCCAGUGGGUACGAGGUUGCCAGUCCAAGAAUGGUGGAAGCUCUUUACACAGGCUGUGUCCCUGUGCUCAUCAAGGACCACUACGUCGCGCCUUUCAGCGACGUCUUGAACUGGAAGGCCUUCUCCGUGGAAAUCCCGGUGGAAGACAUUCCAAACCUGAAGAAAAUCCUCACCGGAAUAUCACAGAGAAGGUACAUUAGAUUGCAGAGGAGAGGGUUGAUAGCCAGACGACAUUUCGAGGUGAAUUUGCCUCCGAAGAGGUACGAUGUUACUCACAUGAUUCUUCACUCUGCGUGGCUUAGGCGAUUGAAUGUCCGACUUCAUGGCAUUGAAGAUACUUGA